AUGGAGAUCGAGGCCGAUCGGCGCCGCAAGAUGGAGGAGACGCUGCGAAAGCAAUACUACGUGGUGCGUGAGGAGACGGAUGCGAUGCGAAAAGGCCGCGUGAUUGGCAUUGACCUCGGCACCACCAACAGCUGUAUCGCCUACAUCGAUGAUAAAACCUUGAAGCCGAAGAUUAUUCCCUCUCCUACCGGCUCCUGGGUCUUCCCGACGGCGGUGACCUUUGACAAAAACCAUCAGGUGCGGAUGUAUGGCGAGGAGGCCAGGGCCUGCGUCCGGGCGAGCGCGAGUGCCACGCUUUGUAGUGGAAAGCGUCUGAUUGGGCGCCGAUUUGGCGAACUCGGGCGGGUGCGCUCCGAAAUGAGCAAGACUAAUAUUCUGUCCACCAACGAAAAAGGUGAUAUAACAAUCGAAAUCAUGGGUCGUUCGUAUACCGUGGUGCACAUUAUUGCAAUGUUCCUGCGUUAUCUCAAAAAUGAGGCCGAGAAGUACCUGAAGGAGACGGUGAACAUCGCCGUGGUCAGCGUCCCGGCGUAUUUCACGCCCCAACAGAAGGUCGCCACGGAGGACGCGGCCCUCUGCGCCGGCUUUGAUGUUUUGGAAAUUAUCGACGAACCCUCGGCCGCCUGCCUGACCCACACCGUCCUAGGUCGGCUCCAUGAGGAGCCGAAGGGCCUGAAUAAAUUGGCGGAUAAACGGAUUUUACAUUCCCUCGUGUUUGACCUCGGUGGAGGGACGCUGGACUGUGCGAUUAUGGCGCACGACACGUACCAAAAUAAGUUCACGCUUUUAGCCACCCACGGCGAUCCGAUGCUUGGCGGCAACGACUGGGAUGACGUGAUUUCGCAGCACUUCGCGAAGAUGUUCGAGAAAAAGUGGCGGGUCUCCAUCGAGGUGGAGGGCGGGAAUGUGGGGCAGGAGGUCUCCACCUACCGCAACCUCCUCCUCGAGGCCGAAAAGGCUAAGGUACAUUUUACGCACUCAGAGGAGACCUACUACGGCUACAACCGCGCUUUUCACUUCUCUGAGCAGCUGCGGGAUAUCCUCCCGCUGGAGGCGACCUUAACGCACACCGAGUACAUCGCCCUGACUCGCCCUUUGCGGGGGCGCUGCCUGGAAUGCGUGAACAAGCUCUUCGCGCAUACGGGAUUCCUCCCGGAAGAUAUCGACAGCAUUCUUUUGGUCGGCGCCAUGACGCGCGAUCCGCCGAUUCGGCAUCUGUUAAUGGAAUACCUCGGGCGCCCUAUCGCCAAGGAGGAAACCUGCCCGGCAGACUAUGCCGUGGCUAUCGGCUGUAGUAUCCGCGCGGGCAUGCUUCAGGGCACCUUCCCCGAGCUUAAUGCGAACACCCGCUUCGUCUCGGGCACCGUCCAGGCGCUUCGUCAGGGAGGAUGGAUUCGACGCGCGUGGGGGCGUGUGAAGAGCUGGACCAGCUCAGUAAAUCCGAACGUGAUCGGCCAGCGCUGGCGUGGUCGUGCGAGGGGGUUAACUGAUGAGGAAAUCGAGCUCUACGCGAAGGAAUUGGUUGAGUUCGAGGCGGCCUGCAGCCGUCGCUUGUUGUUGGAGCGAGCGGAGGAUGAGGCGAACACCGUGAUGCGGCGAGUCACCUCGGAUUCCGACCGACGACAGGGGAUGCAGGAAAGACGUAUUGUCCAACUCACUGAGCAGCUCAAGUUCUGGCAGUACAUGGUUCACAACUUCCACGAUCACGAGGAGGACCUUCAGCACACCGUGGACGAGCUUCGAACUGCCUUGGAUGACUUGGAUGGCCUCACUGGAGACAGCGUCGAUGGCAUCACCGCCGCUGGGACUAUCGAUUUUUCAAAAAUCCCCAAUAAAACCAUAAGAACGAGCGAUCUCGCUAAAAAGGACGACCAUGGGACCAUUCACGAGGAUGCUACCUUGUCUUCCAACACCGUGGUGAACCGCGAUGCGGAUCCGCGGAAGGUGGAUAUCUCCGAGGUGGAAGUGCCGCCCUCAAGCCCCUCGGCUGCUUCCCCGGCGGUGGAUUCCCAGUCUAGUUCCCCUUUACAAUCCCAACCUCCCCUGCCCACGCCUGUGCGGCCCACCGUUCCCCUGCCCAAGUUGAGCACGGAGGCCGCCGAGUUGGUAAAGGCUGGCCACCCAGUCUUGGUCAACGCGCCCGACAACGUUCGCGUGACCGAGUCCACGCGGGUGUCCUUUUUGGAAAACCUUGUGGAGGAGCGCGCGUGGAGGGAGCCACCGAGACCGCCCGGUGAGGAGGGCUCUUGGAUUGAUGUGAAAAAAGCGCUAGACGCUGGCGAGGCAGUUGGGGUGCCGGUCCAACUCGAGAAGUUUAGUCUCUCCAUCUCGCUGGGCGAGAUGCUUGCGAAACUAAAACAAAUUCAGCCCGUAGACGACCCUCCAUCUGAAGAGCAUGUCCGCGCACGAGAUCUUACCAUCAGUUUACAGAGCAUUACCAUUUUGAAGGGUGAAGUCAAUAUCGAGGAGUUGGAGAACAAGCUUGCAGAGGAACUGCACCAGGCUAGUGAGGUUCAAAAGUGUCAACAAAAAAAUGAAGACCUAAAGGCAGAUAUUUCAGCCAGCUUAGCUUCCUAG